UAAAAGGCAAGUAAAGGCAACCACUAUUUUGAAGGCACACUGUUGUGCAGCUAGCAGAAUAGCCUAGAAGAGGUGAAGUCUGUUACAAAAUCAAGGACUAUGAGCACUGCAGGGAAAGUUAUCAAAUGCAAAGCAGCAGUAAUCUGGGAACCUAAGGAACCAUUUAGCAUUGUGGAAAUAGAAGUAGCUCCACCAAAAGCACAUGAAGUUCGCAUCAAGAUUUUGGCUUCUGGAAUUUGUCGUUCAGACGAUCACGUUCUAAAUGGCGCAUUAAAGUCAAAGUUCCCUAUUAUUCUUGGUCAUGAAGCAGUUGGUGUUGUUGAGAGUGUUGGGGAAGGUGUUACCAGUAUGAAACCAGGAGACAAAGUCAUCCCAAUUUUUAUCCCCCAAUGUGGCAAAUGCAGCACUUGUUUGCAUCCUACAGGCAACCUAUGCAAGAAGCAUGACCUUCACUCAGGGACUGGAUUAAUGGAAGAUGGCACCAGUAGGUUCACGUACAAAGGAAAACCACUGUACAACUUUGUCAGUACCAGCACUUUCACAGAAUACACUGUGAUACAUGAGGAUUCGGUUGCCAAAAUUGAUGCUGCAGCUCCUCCUGAGAAAGUGUGUCUUAUUGGCUGUGGAUUUUCUACCGGCUAUGGAAGUGCCAUAAAUGCUGCAAAGGUGCAACCUGGUUCUACCUGUGCCAUUUUUGGCCUUGGAGGAGUUGGUCUCUCAGUAGUCAUGGGCUGUAAGGCAGCUGGAGCUUCCCGCAUCAUUGGAGUUGACAUCAACAAGGAUAAAUUCCCCAAGGCUAAAGAAAUUGGAGCCACAGAGUGUAUCAACCCCUUGGAUUUCAAGAAGCCCAUCAAUGAAGUGCUCUUUGACUUGACCGGGGGUGAAGGAGUAGACUAUUCCUUUGAAGUGAUUGGGCACCCUGAAACCAUGCUGGCUGCUUUGGCUUCCUGCCAAAUAAACUAUGGAAAAUGCUACAUUGUGGGAGUGCCUCCUACGGAGUCUAAGAUUACUUUUUCUCCAGCACUUCUCUUCUCAGGCCGCACUUGGAAAGGAAUUCUAUUUGGAGAAUGGAAAAGUAAAGAUUCUGUUCCUAAGCUGGUUUCGGAUUUCAUGAAGAAAAAGUUUACCCUAGAUCCAUUAAUUACUCACAAUUUACCUUUUGAUAAAAUCAAUGAAGGCUUUGAUUUGCUUCACUCAGGAAAAUGUAUCCGCUGCGUCCUGUUAUUUUAAAGUCUCUGGUUCUGAAGAAAAAUAGAAAACCAUCAUCUUUGUCUUCUGAAUUCUACAGGAUCAAUACAUUAUGCAGGAUAUAUACUUCAAUAAGUCAAUCAACAGAAAACAGAAUUUAUUCCUUUUCUUUCUACCUCUUUUCUCACCAUUCUGAUUAGGCAAAAUAAAGUUAUAAACACGUUCAACA